AUGGACAACGGGGAAGGGUUUUGUGACUCCAGCUUGGAUACUGGCUUUGGUAGUCUUGGCCGCUAUUUCAAACUCAAAGGGGAGGAAAACAACCGGGUUGUCAAUAUUCAGUCUGACACUGAGUUCCGUGGUGCACGUACUAUUCUCAACGUGAGGAUGGCCGACCUACAUAAGAUGGGCAAUGGUGGGACCACGCAGCCUCUGACCUCAGCCUUGAAGAAUUUCGCACUAUGCUGGGUUCAGCCUUCUGCUCAGUGGACACGCCGGAAGGCCUUCUCCACUGCGUUUACCUCUACCUGUCAGUCUUCCUUGUUGAGCGUGGAGGAGAGGCAAGCCGCAUGGAGGUUACAGAUCUGA